GCCGUGCUGUGUGCAGGUGGGGCCCCGCAACUUUCCUCGGGGCGGUGCCUGCGGGGGGUUGGGGGCAGGACGCAACUUAGGCGGCGGCGGGCCCUUUGUCCGCGGGGCGAUGCGGUGCGGCUGAGCGCGGCAGUGGGGCCGCACAGGGGCAGCCCUUCGCCGGAAAACUCCGCUCCGUCCCCCGCCUCCUCUUCCUCCUCUUUCCUCCUCCUCCUCCUCGGAGGAGCGAUGCGAUGCUUCCCCGGACGGCGGGCGGCGAUGGAGCGGAGCCGUAGCGCGGCGGCUCGGAGCGGAGCAGCCCCUCGCUGAGCGGCGAGGAGGAGGAGGAGGAAGGAGGAAGGCCGAGAGCGAGAGCGGGGCCGCGGCCAUGGAGGAGUGGCGGCAGUGCGGGCGGUGGUUGAUCGACUGCAAAGUUUUGCCCCCCAACCACCGCGUGGUUUGGCCCUCGGCGGUGGUCUUCGACCUGGCGCAGGCGCUGCGGGACGGGGUGCUGCUGUGCCAACUGCUGCACAACCUUUCUCCCGGCUCCAUCGAUCUUAAGGACAUCAACUUCAGGCCCCAGAUGUCCCAGUUCCUCUGCUUGAAGAACAUCCGAACCUUCCUAAAAGUGUGUCACGACAAGUUUGGGUUAAGAAACAGCGAUCUGUUCGACCCCUUCGACCUGUUUGAUGUGCGGGACUUCGGCAAGGUGAUCUCUGCAGUAUCCAGGCUCUCCUUCCACAGUAUUGCUCAAACCAAAGGAAUUAGGCCGUUCCCUUCAGAGGAGACCACGGAGAAUGAUGAUGAUGUGUACCGGAGCCUGGAGGAGCUGGCUGAUGAGCACGACCUGGGGGAGGAUAUUUAUGACUGCGUGCCCUGUGAAGAUGAAGGCGAUGAUAUCUACGAAGAUAUCAUCAGGGUGGAAGUUCAGCAGCCCAUGAAAAUGGGCAUGACAGAAGAUGACAAAAGGAAUUGCUGUUUGCUGGAAAUCCAAGAGACGGAGGCCAAAUACUACAAAACACUCGAAGACAUCGAGAAGAAUUACAUGAACCCACUGAAGCUGGUACUGACCCCACAAGACAUGGAAGCUAUCUUCAUCAAUUUGGAGGACCUAAUUAAAGUGCAUUUCAAUUUCCUGCGAGCCAUCGAUGUCUCUAUGAUGUCUGGAGGAAGCAGCCUGGCUAAAGUAUUUCUGGAAUUCAAAGAGAGGCUGCUGAUUUAUGGCAAGUACUGCAGCCACAUGGAGUACGCCCAGAACACACUCAACCACCUCAUCGCCAACCGGGACGACGUGAGGCAGAAGGUGGAGGAAUGCACGCUGAAGGUUCAGGAUGGGAAAUUUAAGCUGCAGGAUCUGCUGGUGGUUCCCAUGCAGAGAGUUCUGAAAUACCACCUCCUGUUAAAAGAGCUGCUCAGCCACUCAUCAGACCGGCCUGAGAAGCAGCAGCUGAAGGAGGCUCUGGAAGCAAUGCAGGACUUGGCCAUGUACAUAAACGAAGUAAAGAGAGACAAAGAGACAUUGAAAAAGAUCAGCGAAUUUCAGAGCUCUAUAGAAAAUCUGCAAGUGAAGCUGGAGGAGUUUGGGAGGCCGAAGAUAGAUGGUGAGCUGAAGGUCCGCUCCAUCGUGAACCACACCAAGCAGGACAGGUAUUUAUUUUUAUUUGAUAAAGUGGUGAUUGUCUGCAAAAGGAAAGGAUACAAUUAUGAGCUGAAAGAAAUUAUCGAGCUGCUCUUCCACAAGAUGACCGAUGACCCUAUGAACAACAAGGACAUUAAGAAGUGGUCGUAUGGCUUCUACCUGAUCCACCUUCAGGGAAAGCAGGGCUUCCAGUUCUUCUGCAAGACGGAGGAGAUGAAGAGGAAGUGGAUGGAGCAGUUUGAAAUGGCAAUGUCCAACAUAAAGCCAGAAAAAGCCAAUGCAAACCACCACAGCUUCCAGAUGUACACAUUUGAAAAGACCACCAACUGCAAAGCAUGCAAGAUGUUCCUAAGAGGAACGUUCUACCAGGGCUAUCUCUGCCCAAAAUGUGGAGCUGGUGCUCACAAGGAGUGCCUGGAAAUCAUUCCUCCCUGCAAGAUGGGCUCUUCAGCAGACCAGGAUUUGCUGAGUGCUGGACCUGGUCCUAAAAUGGUUGCAGUGCAGAACUACCACGGGAACCCUGCGCCGCCUGGCAAGCCAGUGCUGACGUUCCAAAUUGGAGAUGUGAUCGAGCUGCUGAGGGGAGACCCCGACUCGCCUUGGUGGGAGGGGCGGCUGCUGCAGACCAAGAAGUCAGGUUACUUCCCCAGCUCGUCUGUAAAGCCCUGCCCCGUGGAUGCCAGGCCUCCCAACAGUCGUCCACCGUCACGGGAGAUCGACUACACGGUGUACCCAUGGUUUGCAGGGAACAUGGAGCGGCAGCAGACGGACAACCUGCUGAAGGCCCACGUCAGCGGCACCUACCUGAUCCGUGAGCGGCCAGCCGAGGCUGAGCGCUUUGCCAUCAGCAUCAAGUUCAAUGAAGAAGUGAAGCACAUCAAGGUGGUGGAGAAGGACAACUGGAUCCACAUCACGGAAGCCAAGAAGUUUGAAAGCUUGUUGGAGUUGGUGGAAUACUACCAGAACCAUUCGCUGAAGGAGAGUUUCAAGCAGCUGGACACGACGCUCAAGUACCCAUACAAGUCACGGGAACGCUCUACCUCCAGGACCUUCACCCGCUCUCCAGCCUCCUGCGCUUCCUACAACUUUUCUUUUCUCAGUCCUCAGGGCCUCAACUUUUCUUCUCAGAGCUCCUCCAGUCCCUUCUGGUCAGUGUUCACCCCACGGGUCAUAGGGACGGCAGUGGCACGCUACAACUUUGCAGCACGGGACAUGCGGGAGCUGUCGCUGCGGGAGGGCGACGUGGUGAAGAUCUACAGCAGGAUCGGCGGCGACCAGGGCUGGUGGAAGGGGGAAACCAACGGGAGGGUCGGCUGGUUUCCCUCGACGUACGUGGAAGAAGAGGGGGUGCAAUGAUGCUGGGGAUGCCUCAUGGAAAGUCAUCGAGUGCCCGGAGCGAUCCGCUGCAGACCACACGCUGCUCCCCCAGCAGCCCGGCCCCACGCCUGCCAACACUGCUGGGAGCACCACCGCUCUCCCCAGACUCUUUAGUAAAUCCAUUCCUCUGUACAGCAUGUGUGUGUGCGUCGGGAUGCCUCCAGCCCCGGCCCUGUUCUGUCUGUAGAAGAUUCAUGGUCUGUCGGAUGACGUUUGUGCGGCGGCUGCUCCUGGGAGAGCCGCGCUCCCCUGAAUGGACAGAGCGGAGGGACUCUGCGUGGUGCCCCCCAGGGGGGUAUCCGGACCUUAUUUUUUCCUAGAAGUGUUUUCAAAUGGUGUGGCUGAAAGCCUGGGCUGUGCCCGGGGGUUCAGAGGUGAGCGUGCAGGGCUCGGGAUAGGGACCGUGGCUGCAUCAUGUCGGGAUGCACCUUGGGACCAGGGAUGGAGCUGCUCAUCCCUGAGGGGUGACAGCUGUGAGCUGGGGAGCACAGCUGGACCACGGACACGGGAGAGAAAAAAAGCCCCGUGGGCAUCCCGAGCCCCUUUCCUCACUUCCCCCCCCAGACCCCACUGCCGUGCUGGGGGUGCAUGGGGCAGCCCAGGACACUGGGUGAGCUGCUGGUGUUGCAGGGCUGGAGGUGUGCCUUGCCACGUGUGAGUUUUGGAGGUCACAGGGGCACAGGUCCCGGCGGAGGAGCAGAUGGGAGAAUGGAUUGAGCACCUCGGCGAGGUCCAUUUUUCUGCAGCCGUACGUGUCCCACCUCACUGAGCUCAGUGGGGCGAACCCACAUGAGUAAGGGCUAUGGUAUGAAGUCCUGAUUUAUCUCAAGACAUUGUGAAAGCAUCUCUUCUUCUCCAGCUGUGUGCACUUUUGGGGGCCGAGAGCAUUGCCCCCUCUUCUUCCCACAGGCUGUUACCGCUGCUGCUGUCAAGGAAAGGUCCGUCUGUCUGUGCAUUGCCACUUUGUCCUGAGUUCCAUCCAUCCCAGUCUGUUCUUCCCACACUGCAGCCUGUAACGCAUAGGCAGAGCUGCUGUUUGGAGAGCUGGGCUGGCAUCUUCUGCUGGGCGCUGCCUUUGCCACCCAGCUCCAGAAUUUCCUUCCAAAGUGCUGUUUUGAACAAAUACAUGUGUGUGCGUCUGUGUGUGUUUGUAGCGAGGAAUGACUUUCCUAUCUCUGAGCCUCGAGAAAUGCCCUCCUGUCUCUGUGCAUAAGUGGCAUUUGGAGCUGCUGCUGUGCCCAAAGCUGUCCCUGGCAUGGUGUAAAAGCAGCCCUGGGCGACACCAGCACCGUGCAAUGCUGUGUCCCAGCCUUGCUGUCAGCAGAGCUUGAGGGAUUACAUGGGAGAGCCUGGGGAUCCCAUUGGAAAGGGCAGUGUGUUCACUUGGGAACACGGCUGUGUUGCUCAGUGAGAAGCCCAGGGCCAGAUCAGUGUGUUGCCCAGGGCUCUGGAUAGGGCUGGGAACGCGUUGGGUUCCUUGGGCUCACCACAGCAGUGCCCAGCAGGGUGAGGGGGCACAGUGCAGGGCUCGGGGCUUUAGCAAGGUACUGUUUGGUGCUAACCUCUUCCAGGCCAGCUAUUGGUGCUUAGUAUGGGAUGUGUCCAAGGGGCCCUGUUUGCUAAAGGAGCUGAAUGGUUCGUGCUCUGCAAGGGAAAAAAUUGGGCUGCAGCAAAUGAGGAGCAGGCAGUGCCCUGCUGCAGCGUGAAGGGCCGUGCUCAGAUUUCCCCAAUUUUGGUGUGCCUGAGAGCACAUCUGAUGUGGGCAAGACACACACAGACAAGAGAACAACUGAUGGCCAAAGGUCUGCCUCAGAUGCUAUUAAAGCCCUAUGCAACCCCCCCCCUCCCAUCUGGGAUGGAUUCCCUGUGCCUGCACUGGGUGCAUCCCACUCAGAAGGGCACGGUGUUCCCCCUGCAGAAGGUGUGUGUGUGACAUCUCCUGCACAGCCCCCCAGGUCCAACCCCCCCAGCAAGGUCUCCCUCUCGUGUUUACUGUUGUAAGAAACUUGUUUAAAAAAAAAAAGAAAAAAGAAAAAAAAAAAAGAUGUUUUUCGUUUGUAAGUAAUUAUUCAGCCAUUUGCCAUGAUAUAUAUCUGUGAAUAAGAAGGAAAAUGUGUUUGUUUGUUUGGUUUUUUUUUAUGAUGGCGAGAAAAUUGUAUAUAUAUUUUAGUUCGUCGCGGACGUUCAGAAUUGCAAUGGGAUACGUUGGAAAAUAAUAUGUAAAUUCCUUGGGUUUUUCCUUUGCACUGCACUAACGGGGGUCGAACGGGCUCGGGUGGAGGGGUCCAAAGGUAAAACUGUUUGUUUAUGGGAUAGGUUCUAGCUGGCAAUUUGGAAAUCAUUUGGAGUAGCUUGUAAUGCUGGAAUAGAAUCUUUAGCUGCUACUUAGAAACCCUUUUGCAUGUGGUUCUUCCAGACCUUUUUAAGUUACAAUACAUCCAAGUAAAUCCCACGAUGAAAAAAAAAAAAAACCAAGAAAAAUAAAGUGUAAUUUUGCUGAUA